UUUUGGUGUAUAUUUGAUAAAAUCCUGCUCUUCCCUGUGUGCUCCUGGGGGACCCGAGCCAGUUUUAACCCAAAGCCCAUGUGGGUAGGGGAGACUACUGACUUUGGGGUUGGCACUAGACACUUCCAUUCCCUAGGCAGGACUGACCCGAUUCUAGGAUGGCCAGAGCAAUGUUGUCAUAGCAGCUCCAAGCCCUAGCCACUGUGGCUGCCCGGUCAGGAGAGGGGACUCCCUUAAAGAUUAAAGCCCUAGUGUGUCCCAGCUGAUGCAGGAAACUGAGCAAGUUAGAACCCCUCCUAUGAGUUCAGCACCCACCAAUGAGGCAUAUCCCUAGGUGCUCAUGGUAACUGGAGACCAGAUUUUCCUUUGCUAAUGAGUGGAGCAGUACAUGCCCACCUCAGACAUGCCCAUCCUAUCCAUAGCUAGCGAGGCACUGGCAUCUGGAUGCUCAGGAUGGCCCAUGGAAGGGUCUGAGGAGCUCAAGGGGGAAGUGAUGCAGCUCCUCCAGUUAGUAAGUGGUGCAGUCAGCUGUCCCAAGCAGGAAUACCCUAUGGUCCUGCUGAAGCUUUGCUGAAGAAUCACUUGCAUAAAGCAUGCAGAGCCCUGGAUGGGGUUAGUUCUUCGCUGGGCAAAUAGGGGCCAUUGCCUCUCAGGAUGAGCUGGUAGCUCCAGCCACUGCAGCCACAGCCAGACAGGCAGUGCGGGUCACUCAGAUCACCGUGGGCUGAAAGGAGUCUAGAGGCUGCUGGCUGGGGAUUUGCUUCAGUCCUCUCGCCUGUGGCCCUCUCCGUGAAAAUUGCCUUGUACUUAGUGUGACUGGAGCUUCUGUGCACCUGUCCCUGGGUUCCCAGCUGCCAGUCUCUAGCUCAUGGAGCCAGAGGUUGGAAAUGGUUGCACCUAACACUUGAAGCCAGGAGGGGGCUCUCUGGCUCCCUGGAGUGCGUGCGUGAGGCAGUGCCUAUGAGGCGGGGAAUUCAAGCUCAUUAAAAGGAGUGAAUGUAAGCAAGAAUAUCAGACCGAGACAGCCAAGGUCUGCUGCGCCAGGAGCAGUGCCCAGAGAAACCCAGGGAGAGAGAGGGCAGUGCACCAGUCAUGGGUGUCUCUCAUGAGCCACAGAUCCCAGCCAGGGCCAGGCUGGAGUGAGAGCCACCAGCAGAGAAACUGGGCAUUCUCCUGGCCCCUCCAGCUGUGAAGGGAAGGAGCACAUGAGAGCUGCUGGGAAGAGACUGUAUUUACAGCUCCAAAGGCAGCCCAAGAAAGGAGGCAAGCAAGGGAGAUAGCCCUCUCCCAGCUGGACUCAGCCCCAGCUGGUGGGUUUUUAAGCCCAUGCCCAGCCUCUUGGUCCGAGCUCUCACGAGCGGAUUGGAGCAGGGAGUACUCUGAAGUACAGGGACAUUUCUCUAAGGGAUCCUUGAACCUACACAAUGUGCUUUCCCCCCACAAAGUAGGACGCAUUGCCCUCUCCUCGGGCCAGGUGGCUCAGCUGUCGAGUACCAGCCGGCUAUUCUGCAAGGGCAACCCAUCUCCUGAGCUGGUGCUGAUGGGAGGACAGGCCUGACAUUGCUGGAGUAUCAUCUCUUCCCCCAAACACGCCACUCCUAACAGGACACAGUCAGAUUUCUUCUUGCUCUUACGGACAAUGCCUGCCUCUGGGUGGCCAUAGAAACUUUGGCUCCUGGAGAGAAAGGACCACCUCUUUGGUGCCGUGUUGAAGGAUGGCUGGAUCCCUCCCUGCCAGCCACUGGCUCCUAUUACUGUGUGUGGGAUUCCUGGCAGUGGCCUCAUGUGUUGGCUCAGUGGGGUCGGAGAAACUUGGAAGCAGAAGAAGCCGAGAGAAGAAAUCCCAGUGGAAUGAGUAUCCCACAGGCCAGGGAAGAAGCAGCAUGCCUCUGCCAGCCUCUAACGACCCGGAACCCCUUCCUGAGCAGUCUCGCAGCAUCGACCCCAGGGAUGCCUGGAUGCUCUUUAUGAAACAAUCAAACAAAGGGGUGAACAGCAAGAAACGGGACAAAGGCAAAUCAAAAAAAUUCAAGUUUGGCCUGCCAGGCCCACCAGGUCCCCCCAGCCCUCAAGGAGCCCUGGUGACACCAGAAGAAUUGCUGAAGGACUUCCGGCUGCUGCUGAAAGAGGUGGUAAAAGAGCGGGAGAGGAUGAGCCUGAAGGCCUGUGAAGGUUGCCAGGAAGGUGAGGAAGAGGAGGAGAGAGGAGAAGAUGACAUCUUGGCACUUGUUGCUGGUCCGUUGGCAAAGAGUAAGCCACAGCAUCGAGUGGAGGCAGCCUUCCACUGCCGAAUACGGAGAAACAUUUCCAUUGAACGGAGAUCCCUGCAAGAACUUCGGAUCUAUUACAUACCUCAGAAAGAGGGGGUGUUCCAUCGAGGCCUGGGGCUGAACCUGACCAGCGGCCAAUACACAGCACCUGUUGCAGGGUAUUACACCUUCACCGCCACCUUGCACAUCGUUCAUGGAGAACAACAGAAGAAAGGACAACAGCGUGCGAGAGAUCGCCUGCGGGUACUGAUCUGCGUCCAGUCUCUGUGUCAACAUAACAUUUCUCUGGAGACGGUGGCUGGUUUGGACAGCAGUGAACUUUUCACCAUCUCAGUCAGUGGAGUCCUGUACUUACAGGCUGGCCAGUAUGCCUCGGUUUUUGUAGAUAAUGCCACUGGAUCAUCCCUCACUGUUCGAAGUGGCUCGGAUUUCAGCGCUGUUCUUCUGGGGGUGUGAAUGGUCUCAAACCACCUGCCCUUACACGCUGUAAGCUGAAUUGGUCUCUUCAGCAAAAACCACCUUAAUUCUCUCCCACCCACGCACAGGGAGCAAAGCACAGAUUCUGCUUGUGCUGCAAAACCCAGCCACCAGCCACCAUACUUUGCACAAGAUCUCAAGCAUCCAAAGAUGAUGGAGAGCUGGAAAGAAAAUUGGAAGCAUGAAAAUAGGAGGACUCACUAAAUCCAUCCCCCUUUAAUUUAAUUUAUGGCCAGAUUUUGAGGCUUAUUUUACAUGGACAAUUAUAAUAUGGCUGACUUCCAAAACCAGACCAAGUUUUAUAAAGGAACCCCUCCCCCCAAUCAAGCACGAAUCCUUAGGAAAAGGUGAUUUGAAGAAGCCUUCACCCAUAGACUAGCACUUUGGCAAUUUUUUGCUGUUCAGUUUUUCAGCAGCCAAAGCCAGAUUAUGUAUAUAGCUCUAGCUUUCUUAUAGCUCAUCAGUUAAGGGUUGCUAUCAGCAGGCACUGGUACUUGGAAGUUAAUUUUCAAUGCAGAGCAGUGUCCUGAUAAGGCAGCAGACUAGUUAGAACGUGAAUUACUAUCCAAUGAUUUUCCACUUCCUAGGCACUGUGUACUCGCAUCACCACCCCAUUCUCUGCCCAUGGCAGAGAGCCCAGUCAAUGGGUGGUGGAGAUACUCACCGUUACGCCUGGUUUUAGUCCCGAUAGCGCAGUCUAACUCCGAUUAACCCAGUGGGACUACGUGCAUAAAUAAGGGCUGCAGGAAUGGGCCCUAAAUUAAUAACAAAGGCAGGGAAAGAAAAAGAUGCAGUCUCAUUUCUUAGUACCAUGUACUUAAUUCCUGAGCUCCUGCCGGAACUUCAAUGAGAUAUCCUAGAACUACACUCAGCUCCACCUUCAUGAUAGCAGGACAAGGGGCUCAACUCUCUCUCAAUUUUAUUUUUUCCCCACCAGCAAAGCUUUUCCAGUCCUGCUAGAGGAACUGCUUUCACAGCAAACUCUCCUUUCAGGAAACAAAGUUAACUUGGACUAGGGCAUUGGCUGUUGGCAGCAUUUUCACAAAAUCUUUCAGGAAAAACCUACAUAUGCUGCCCUUUACAUAAAAUACUAGCACUCUACAAACCAGCUCAUAUAAUUCGCUGGUUAGAAAACUGUAAGAACCUCUCUACUGCAAUAAAAGACCAGCAGCAUGGCUGCAGCUGGCCCAGGUCAGCUGACAAGGCUCAGGCUGUGGGGCUUAAACUUGCAGUAUAGACAUACAGGUUCAUGCUGAGACUCCAUGAGGAGGGAGGGUCUCUGAGCCCAGGCUCCAGCCUGAGCCUCAACAUCUUUGCUGCAAUUUUUAGCCCCACAGCCCAAAUCAAAUGACCUGGGCUCCAAGUCUCAGUGCUGUGAGUUUUUCAUUGCAGUGUAGCCAUACCCUAACUGUUGUCUUAGAAAAGCUUUACAAGUCUCAAUUUGGAGCCCUGGUAACAUACAAAGUAGGACAUAAGCCCCAAGUUCAAAAGUUUGGUGCUUUCAGCUUUUUAUAGUAUAUAGCAACUUACACACCAAAUUCCUGCAGUCUUUACUCUAGCUGAACUCCCACUGAAGUUGUGGGGAAUUCAAGCCUGAAAGCCCUUCCCUUUACUAGGAAAAGAAGUAGUGUUCUUACACGUGGUAAAAUCCUAGUGAACACAGACCAUGUUGUAGCUUUCACACAAAUCAGCAGACCAAGGCAAACAUCAGGGUUCCCCAUGGCAGGUCAAAGUAAGAUCUGAAGGACACUGCCAGGCUUUACUGUUUCAUACAAGUAUCAGAGGGGUAGCCGUGUUAGUCUGAAUCUGUAAAAAGCAACAGAGGGUCCUGUGGCACCUUUGAGACUAACAGAAGUAUUGAGAGCAUAAG